AUGUCCACCACCGCAGUCACAACAAGCGAAACCGUCCUCCUCGAGCCACUCUCCCCUCCCGCUCCCACAGCCUCCAUCCCCCGCCGCUCCUCCAAGCCAGAUCCCCCCGAUCCCUUCCCAGAACCCUCCGUCCACGAUGCCGAAUCAGCCCUGCCCCCCUCAACAGCCGUCUCAACAGCCCAGCGAUGGAACGACCCCCCUCGGAACAAGUACCGCGUCCUCUCCUGCUUCUUCGCCUUCCUCGUCUACGGGAUGAACGACGGCGCCCCGGGAGCCAUGGUCCCCCUCUUUGGCGAGUACUAUCACCUGCGCCACUCCAUCGUCUCGCUCAUCUUCCUCAGUCCCAUGGUGGGCUGCGUGCUCGCCUCGUUCGCGUCCAACCGUCUCCACGCCAUAGCAGGGAGGCGCGGCGUGGCGCUGACGGCGACGGGGGCGUACGUCCUCGCGUACCUGGGCCUUUCGCAGCAUCCGCCCUUUCCCGUCGUCGUCUUCUUGCUCGUGCUGACGGGGUUUGGGAGCGGGCUGAUGAACGGGAGCUGGAAUAGCUGGGUUGGGGGCUUGGUGUCCGGGAGCACGCUGUUGGGCUUUUUGCAUGGGUUCUGGGGGGCUGGUGCUACGCUCGCUCCGAUCUUGGUGUCGAGAAUUGCGACAAAGGUGGAACAUUGGUGGAUCUUCUAUACCAUGAUGAUGGGCCUUGCUUGUCUCGCCUGCGUAGGCGUCACAUCCUCAUUCUGGGAUGACACCGGAGCUGGCUUCCAUCGACAUCGUGAAGCCCCUUUAUCACACGCGAACGCCCAACCAGGCACCAUCAAAGUCCUAAAGAACAAGGUAACCCUGACCUUCUCCGCCUUCAUGGUCCUCUACGUCGGCUCCGAAGUGACCAUCGGCGGCUGGCUCCUCACCUUCAUGAUGAGCGUCCGCAACGGCUCGCCCACGGCCUCGUCCCUCGCCACGUCGGGCUUCUGGAUCGGCCUCACGGUCGGCCGCUUCGCGCUGGGCUGGGUCACGGGCUACGUCGGCGAAAAGGUCAUGGUGACGGUGUACCUGCUCGCCGCGAUGGGUCUGGAGCUUGGCUUCUGGCUGGGCAGGGAGUUUGCGGUGAGCGCGGUCAUGGCGGCGCUCGUUGGGGUGUCGAUUGGGAUGAUUAUGCCGUCUGGAAUCCGACUGAUGACCAAGUUGCUGCCGCCGGAGAAGCAUCUUGUCUCGGUGGGCUUUGCAACGGCAUUUGCAGUAUCUGGAUCCGCCGUCUUCCCGUUUGCAGUCGGCGCACUCGCCGAGGCGUACGGCGUCGAGGUCCUCCAGCCGGUGGCCCUGGCCCUGUUUGGCUCGCAGCUGGGACUGUGGCUGUUUAUCUCUCGGAAUAAGCUCAAGGUGUAG